CGACACGUGUCCACAUGGGUCCCACCAUGGAAAAGAUAUUUCACGUGAUGCUCCCCUCCCAAGUCACCACAAAGUGAACCCCAUUCUUCUCCCUCCUCUCCCUCUUUUCAAUUCAAUGUCUUCUCUUCUUCUCCUGACCCGUCGUUUUCAGAGUCACUCUGCUGUAUAAACUCUCAUUCCUAUUUAUACUAUAAUCUUCUUCUUCCUCUUCCCUUCUCACUACACUCUUUUUCUGUUUUUCUUAUUCUCACCAUGCUGUGGUCUUAUGCCUCGCACUAUGUCCCUCCACAACACCGCACUAACAGCUUCCAAACCUUAACCGAUGAUUCAACCAGCCGUGGUGGCGCUAGACCACGUGACGGUGGCCGCGGUGGUUCCGGCAGCCGUGGGUUUUCUCGUCCCCGCAUUCCUUCUAACCGGUUACCCGUGGAGGAACCACAAGACGGCAGCGACGCUAUUAACUUCGACGCGUACGAGUCGGUACCGGUGGAGGCGAGUGGGAAGGACGUGCCACCGCCGGUGAACACCUUCAAUGAAGCGGACUUGGACGAAGGUUUAAAGAGGAACAUCGACCGAUGCAAGUAUGUGAAACCCACGCCGGUUCAGCGCCACGCGAUUCCCAUCGCGAGUGCGGGACGCGACCUAAUGGCGUGCGCACAGACCGGUUCGGGCAAAACGGCAGCGUUUUGUUUUCCCAUUAUAUCUGGGAUUUUGAAGGGUCGUUCUCUUUCUGGGUUUUCAUCAAUGCCGGCUCGUGGUGCCGCUGUUGCAUACCCCACUGCACUUAUUCUGUCUCCUACCAGGGAGUUAUCAUGCCAGAUACGCGAUGAAGCGAAUAAAUAUGCGCAUCAAACUGGAGUGAAGGUUGUUGUUGCCUACGGUGGGGCUCCUAUUACUCAGCAGCUGCGCCUUAUGGAGAAAGGUGUUGAUAUAUUGGUUGCAACUCCUGGGCGUUUGGUGGAUAUUAUUGAAAGAGAAAGGGUUUCGUUGACAAAGAUAAAGUAUCUUGCUUUGGAUGAGGCUGAUCGUAUGUUGGACAUGGGUUUUGAACACCAAAUACGCAAGAUUGUGGAGCAAAUGCAGAUGCCCUCGCCAGGUAUUAGGCAAACAUUGUUGUUUAGUGCCACGUUUCCUAAUGAUAUACAGAAGCUAGCAUCGGACUUUUUAUCCAACUACAUAUUCCUGUCUGUUGGAAGGGUUGGAUCGAGUACUGAACUGAUUGUGCAGAAGAUUGAGCUUGUACAGGAUAUGGACAAAAGGGACCAUCUUAUUAAUCAUCUGCGACGUCAAAAGGUGCAUGGGGCAAAUGGGAAGCAUGCUUUGACUCUUGUAUUUGUUGAAACCAAAAGAGGAGCGGAUGUUUUAGAAGGUUGGUUGUUGAGAAGUGGCUUUUCAGCUGUUGCCAUACAUGGUGACAAAGUUCAAAUGGAAAGGGAACGGGCUUUAAGAUCAUUCAAAUCUGGUUUGACUCCCAUUUUGGUUGCAACUGAUGUUGCUUCACGGGGAUUGGAUAUCCCGCAUGUGGCUCAUGUUAUAAACUUUGACUUGCCUAGAGACAUUGAUAACUACGUACAUAGAAUUGGAAGAACAGGCCGUGCAGGCAAAUCUGGGUUAGCCACUGCCUUCUUCAGCGACAAGAAUAGCCCUAUUGCAAAGGCUCUUAUUGGACUCUUGCAGGAAGCAAACCAAGAAGUUCCAUCUUGGCUCAACCAAUAUGCUACUGAGGGUUCAUCAUCUGGUGGGGGUGGUCGUGGCUAUGAAGCUCAGCGUUACCGCAGUGGCAGUUAUGGUGGUCAUGAUUUCCGGAAUGUCACUGAACCUGAGGUGCAGAAUUACAACUGCUACAAUACCAAUGGCAAUGCAGUUCAGUUUGUAGAGUCUUACACUGCUGAUGAUGCCUCUUACGUUGAUACCUCCUAUGACAUCCAAAACUCCAAUAUAGAUUGCUCUUUUGAAUGUUUACAUAUAGCUUCUUCCGGCAGUUAUAAUCACACUGAUUCUUGUGAGUUGAAUGGAGGUGGUGGUAGGGUUGAAGAAGAUGGGCCACGCGGUUAUGCAUCUAUUGUUGCCACUGGAUGGGAUUAGACUUGUAAAGUCGUUAGCUGCAUCUUUUUGGCUGUAGUUGGACAACGUACCAUAUAUACUGCGUAAUAUAGUGAUUUUGGAGGGGAAAAUUAUAGUCUUUUAGGUAGGUUCUAAGCCAUGCUGGAUUUUAUUUUGCUCGUGUCUCUACUGGACCUACGGCUACUACAAUGAAUUUUUUUUGGAUGUAGCGUGCUUAUCCUUUUUGGUAAUUUAUUUCUAUUUAAUUAUUGAUUA